GCUGGCCCCGCCCCUUGAGCUCGCGCGCGUCGCCGGGCCUGGCGUCGGGAAGGGUCCGGCUGGGCCGCCGUGGCGCGCGUGAGGCCCGUGGCGGCGGGCGCGAGGGGGGGAGCGGGCGGUCGCCCUUGACGACGGCCAUGGCGCUGCGGAGGGGCCUGCGGUGGCUGGCGCUGUGGGGCGCGCUGUGCCUGUGCCCGCGGCCGGCGGCGGCCUUGGUGGAAGGCUUGUACUGCGGGAAGCUGGUGUGCUACGACGUGCUGGGCGUGAGCCGCGACGCCGGCAAGGCUGACAUCGCCCGCGCCUACCGGCAGCUGGCCCUGCGCUACCACCCGGACCGGCAGCGUGACCCGCAGCCCGGCGGCGAGGACGCGCAGGAGAAGUUCCUCCUCAUCGCCACCGCCUACGAGACCCUCAAGGAUGAAGAAACCCGCAAAGAUUACGAUUAUAUGUUGGAUCACCCUGAGGAGUAUUAUCGCCAUUACUAUCACUAUUAUAGCAGAAGGCUGGCCCCCAAGGUAGACGUCAGAAUAGUAAUUCUGGUUACUGUCUGUGCCAUCUCAGUUUUUCAGUUCUUCAGCUGGUGGGGUAGUUACAAUGAAGCUAUCAACUACCUAGCAACCGUGCCAAAAUACCGUAUACAAGCCACUGAGAUUGCCAGGCAACAAGGUUUACUGAACAAAGCCAAAGAAAAAGGCAAAGGCAGACGGUCCAAGGAAGAAAUCCGCAAGGAAGAAGAAGAAAUAAUCAAAGAUGUGAUCAAGAACAAAAUAGAUAUUAAAGGUGGCUAUCAGAAGCCUCAGAUACAUGACAUUCUCUUAUUUCAAAUCCUCCUAGCCCCUGUUUAUCUAUGUAAGUACAUAGCGUGGUAUUGUUGGUGGAUUUAUUCUUUCAAUGUCAAAGGAGAAGAGUACGGUGAAGAGGAGAAGCUGUACAUCAUUCGCAGAUUAAUGAAAAUGUCACAGUCUCAGUUUGACAGUUUGGAAGAUCACCAGAAAGAGACUUUUCUUGAACGGCAGCUCUGGAUAAGAGAGAAAUAUGAGCUUUACAAACAAGAACAAGAAGAAGAACUGAAGAAAAAGAUGGCGAUGGAUCCUCGAUGGAAAAGAUACAGGCGAUGGAUGAGGAAGGAAGGACCAGGAAGACUGACAUUUAUUGAUGAUUGACCGUCGCUGUAAUGUGUACAGUCCCUGUUACACAUUGAUUGGCAAAUGAAUUCACACCUAAAACAUUCAGAGUUUAACUGCUGUCUCUCAGCAGUGUUUUUAAAACUCAGGAAUUAAUCAGGCAGGAAACUAGUACCAUUUUAUGACUUUUUAUAUAUAUAUAUAUGUAUAUAUAAAAUAAAAGCAAGUCUGCUGAUCA